CUCUCUCUAGUGAGACUGGUUGAGGUAAGAGAGAGAAAUAUACAGACAAUGUUUUGGUUCUUAUGUUCUGGAAAAUCAAACAAAAAUCCGAACAAGGACAAGCAUUCUCAGAAGCCAGAGGAUCAGAUCUCAUCAGCUUCAGAAAAAUCGAAAGUUAACUCAGUCGACGGAAAAAAGGAAAGCUCUAGGGAUGGAGGGUCUGAUCACAUUGCUGCACAUACAUUUACAUUUCGUGAAUUGGCAGCGGCAACAAAGAAUUUUAGAGCCGAUUGUCUUUUGGGUGAAGGAGGUUUUGGUCGAGUCUACAAAGGGCGCUUGGAGAGUACUAGUCAGGUUGUUGCUAUCAAGCAGCUUGACCGUAAUGGUUUGCAAGGGAACAGGGAAUUCCUUGUUGAAGUGUUAAUGUUGAGCUUACUUCACCAUCCUAAUCUUGUGAACCUAAUUGGCUAUUGUGCUGAUGGAGACCAGAGACUUUUGGUUUAUGAAUACAUGCCUCUGGGAUCUUUGGAAGAUCAUCUACAUGAUCUACCGCCCGAUAAGAAAAGACUUGACUGGACCACAAGGAUGAAAAUAGCUGCUGGUGCCGCAAAGGGCUUGGAGAACUUGCAUGAUAAAGCGAACCCCCCUGUAAUAUAUCGUGAUUUGAAAUGCUCUAACAUUUUGCUCGGUGAAGGCUAUUAUCCAAAGCUAUCUGAUUUUGGCCUGGCAAAGUUGGGUCCUGUUGGAGACAAAACCCAUGUGUCCACCAGGGUGAUGGGGACCUAUGGAUACUGUGCACCUGAAUAUGCAAUGACGGGUCAGCUCACGUUAAAAUCCGAUGUAUAUAGCUUUGGGGUUGUUCUUCUUGAAAUCAUUACUGGACGAAAAGCAAUUGACAAUUCAAGGUCUGCUGGGGAACACAAUUUGGUUGCAUGGGCACGGCCUCUGUUUAAAGAUCGAAGAAAAUUUUCGCAGAUGGCAGAUCCACUGCUCCAAGGCCAAUAUCCAGUGAGGGGCUUAUACCAGGCUCUUGCUGUUGCUGCGAUGUGUGUUCAGGAACAACCAACUAUGCGACCUCUCAUAGCCGAUGUAGUCACAGCCCUAAGUUAUCUUGCUAACCAAAAAUAUGAGCCUGAAACAGCUUCAGUACAGGGCUUUCACACCAGCUCAUCCACUCCUAGAUCUAGAAGGGAAUUUUGAAUUUGGUAAGGCUGGAGAUCAAGCCAAAAGAUAAAUUGCCAACAUUUCCACUUCCACCUUAUCUGCAGCUAGUGAUUACACUCUUGUCACCAAGCAUAUUGCUUUGGGAUGUUGCUUCUGAAUAGGUUUUAGUAUCAAGAGGUGUUCAUUUGAGCUUGGUGGUACACGAUUAUUGGCUGCAUCUGCGAGAGUGCCCGUUCAUCAAACUUCCAGUUCGGUAGCAUGUGCGGUGGCUCACUCCCGGUGUGUUGUAAAAGAAAUAUAUAAUAUAUUACUUUUCCUCUUUGUAUUCUUUAUUUUUCUCGUCUCGCGAUUUCACUUUUAUUACUCUCCCUCUUUGUCAUUCUACAAGAUUCUUUUAUAUACAAUUGCGCGAGCAAUGGAGUUUUUGUAUCUAUAUAGAAACUGGGCUUCCCCAACAGAAGAGUGUCCAUUU